UUGACGCUUUUUCCUUGUCUGCGCUUGAUAUCGACGAGAUAUCGAAAAGAUGGAGAAGGCGAUCGAUCGGCAGCAGGUCCUCCUCCAGCAUCUCCGGCCCUCCCCUUCUUCUGCCCCCGGUGGUUCGCCUUUGAUCUUGGCUUCUUUCUGUACCGCUAGCGACAGUGCGGCCUAUCAGAGGAACGCUUGCUUUGGGGAUGACGUCGUGGUUGUCGCUGCAUACCGAACUGCAAUUUGCAAGUCUAAGAGAGGGGGUUUCAAGGAUACAUACCCUGAGGAACUGCUUACUGCUGUGCUGAAGGCAUUGUUGGAUAAAACUAGUCUGAAUCCAAAUGAAGUUGGUGAUAUUGUGGUUGGUACUGUACUGGCACCAGGCUCUCAAAGAGUAACUGAAUUCAGGAUGGCAGCAUUCUAUGCUGGUUUUCCUGAAACUGUUCCAGUAAGAACAGUGAACAGACAGUGCUCAUCAGGCCUUCAGGCAGUUGCUGAUGUUGCUGCUGCUAUUAAAGCUGGAUUCUAUGAUAUUGGUAAAAAUAUUUUGGUUUACCACUUUUAUGCUUGCAUAAUAGUUCCAGGAAUUGGUGCUGGGUUAGAAUCGAUGACUGCAAAUAUGUUGUCUUGGGAGGGUUCAAUAAACCCAAAGGGAAACAAGUUUCAAAAAGCCCAAGAUUGUCUGCUCCCCAUGGGAAUUAUGGUUGAGAAUGUUGCUCAUCAAUUUGGUGUGGCAAGACAAGAACAAGAUCAGGCUGCUGUUGAAUCUCAUAGGAAGGCAGCUGCUGCAACUGCUUCUGGUAAAUUUAAAGAAGAAAUAAUUCCAGUGACCACAAAGAUUGUAGACCCAAAAACUGGGGAGGAAAUGCAGGUGACAAUUUCUGUGGUUGAUGGAAUCUGACCAGAAACAUCUCUAUCUGGUUUGGCAAAGCUAAAACCAGUUUUAAGAAGGAUGGAGGUACAACUGCUGGCGAUUCAAGCCAAGUAAGUGAUGGUUCUGGAGCAGUCCUCUUGAUGAGGAGAGAUGUAGCAAUGCAAAAGGGGUUUCCUAUACUUGGUGUAUUCAGGUGAAAUUGGUUUCUAAUGGGUGAUUCGAAAAUCGCAGUUGUGGAGGGUCCUUUUGAACUUCUUGUACGAUUUACAACAUUUGAAGUCUGGCAUCCAUUUGUUCAUCAUGCCAUUUAUUCUUGGAGAAAACCAUGGUUAUAUCCAAUGUUGUUUUGUUGAUUUCUCCCAUCCAAUCAAGACCGUUUGAGAUAUUCAAGUAUGGAAACAUUCUCAAUUUGCUUUGCCUACCUUUGAUAGAGUUGAUGUUGGAUA